CAUUAAAGUAAUUUGUUUGGGAUAAUACAGUCAUAGACACGGGUUUUAAGAUGAUUGAAUGGAAAAGCAAACUUUAUACUAUGAUGUUCAUUUGUUUCUUUAGAAUAAGAGUUGGUGGAAUAAAACUGACCGUAAUUCCCUCUAACGACGUUGAAGUUAACCAGACAGUGACAUUAACAUGCCAGUUAGAUCCAAAUCCAACUCCACCAAUCAUUGUGUCGUUUGAAAAUAACUUCACAGAAAAGUUGUGUUUUUUAGAACACAGUCAUGGAAAGUGUAUAACUACACCAGAAACUUGUGUAACUGGCUACAAUGCUUCCUGUCACAAUGAAACACUAUACAGUCUACAGGUCUCUGUCCCUUGGAAGUGGAAUGGAGCAUCUAUUUACUGCCAAACUCUGUUUUCCAAAAGUGAAUUAGUCGUCUUUUCUGUAAAAGCUUACGUCAUGUGGUACAUGUCAUCAACAGACAUUACCAGUCUCUCAAUAGCUACAAAAGACGAAACGGAAGAUUUUGUGAGAACUGUAUCAUUCUUGUCAAUCAAUCUUGGUAAAUCGGACAAUGGAAAACAUGUGUUUUGUAUAGCCCGCAACAUACGAGAUCAAAGUGAAACCUCAAUGAUGAAUACAGUGACAGUUUUGUUUAAACCAGAGGUGACAUCAUAUUCACUAAAUCCAUACAUAGUUAUUGAGGGACACAGAGCUACACUAAAGUGUGCCAUGAUUGCUGCAAACCCUAACACAAGUAUCAUAUGGAGAUGGUCCAGAACAGACCGCCCUAAAGAUGUCCUUUAUUAUGGACCAAACUAUACAAUACCUAACAUACAGAGGAACAGGUCUGGAACAUACAACUGUACAGCUAGCAAUUCUGUAGGGACAUCUGAACCAUUUAUAAUUAACGUAGAUGUACAAUAUAAACCAGAGGUGAUAUCAAAUUCACCAAGUCAGUACAAGGUAAUAGAAGGGAACACCGUUACACUGGAAUGUAUACUGAUUGGUGCCAACCCAAACACUAAUAUCAUGUGGAGAUGGUUUAGAACGGAGUAUCCUAGUAAUAUCCUUUAUAAUGGACCAAUCUAUACAAUAUUCAACAUACAAAGGGAUAUGUCUGGACCAUACAGCUGUACAGCCAGCAACUCUGUGGGAACAUCUAAAGUAGUUACCAUAUACGUCGAUGUACUGUACAAGCCCAAGAUAGUCGAUACACCAAGCACCAUCGUAAAUGAGAGUGAUAGAGCCAUACUUAGUAGGGAAAUGGUCAGUAAUCCUUUAUCAAACGUAUCGUGGUAUAACGGAUCGGUGUUGUUGCGCAUCCAGACGACAGUGACGACAGCUACAUAUAUUAUAGAGAAAGCCACUUGUACAGAUACGAAGAAUUAUACCCUUAUUGCUAGUAACAUAGUGGAGAGAAACGUGUCGGCGUUGGUGGAAUUAUUAGUUAAUUGCAAACCUAAGUCGUUUAAAAGAAACAUUACACUCGGAGUUAGUGACGCCACUGGGAUUGCAUUUUCAAUAACAGUAAUUGCGUAUCCUGAGCCUCUUUAUGAAUUAAGAUACGACAAUGGAACAAGGAACACACGGAUGGAUGCCAGUAUAUGUAGGAGUGCAGUGAAUAAUUUUACUAUUCAUUUUAAACAAACAGUUGUAGAGCAAGACGAUUAUGGAAUUUAUCAUCUCUUAGUCAGCAACGCGUUCGGAGAAAGUAUUGUGAUUUUGAAUGUGUUACCACAAAGAAGCCCAGAUAGACCGAAAAGUUUUGAAUUAGUUUGUGAAGAAACGCGUGCCAAAGUUCAGUGGAAAUCAUCUUUUAAUGGUGGAAAUACGCAGACAUUUACUGUCACUGCAACGUAUGGACAGUAUAAAAAAAUUGAAUCAAAUAUAAUUUAUGACAAAGGAGAAAAUAUAAUUCAUUCCACAUACAUUCAAAAUCUUCAACCCUCUACAAGGUACGCGUUCUAUGUUUCUGCACGGAACCCUCAUGGAUCACACUCGUCAGAAAACGCCACCUGCACGACAUUAACAGUUCAUAUCGGGAGUUUGUCCAUAAUCACCGGAAGUGUGGCUGCUGGAGGAAUAACUUUAGCAAUUGUCGUCAUUGUUGUUGUCGUAUUUCUUCGUAGAUUCAAAAAGCAAGACAACCAUGGAAGGAAAUCCGAUAGGGAUAACCCUAUGAGAACGAAUGAAGAUGCAACCCAUUACACAACGCUUGCAGAAAGGCAAGAAAACGGUCAAAUGUAUGAGAGUUUGAAAAAUGUAGAAACUACAGAGAACCGAAACAUCUGUGAUAAGCAGAUGAUCGACAAGAACCCAAAAGAUUUGUCUGAAAUAUACGUCAACCACUCUGUGAAGGCGAAUAAUACGGAAUACAUUAACCUCUCCUUCUCGUAACAGCUUCUUCGUGAUUACAACCAACUAGGGAUGAUUUUGGUGGAUGACACGCUGCAUUUGAUGGGACUUCUUGAUUUGUGUUUGCUUUUACUCUUACUCAGUUGACCCGUAAAGACUGCAGCGAUUUCUCUCCUCUUUUAUAUGCCUGUAUAAUUUUGUAACUAAAAAAAAUAACCUUUUGCGAUUUUUUAAAGCAAUUCCAUACUAUGAAUACAAAUGCCGAGUGUUUUCGAUUGAUUAACAAGCAUCAUAAACUUGAGAUAUAUUCUAAUUCCUUUUGCCCAUUGUUAUUUCAAAUACAUUGUAGUAAUUGUAAUUAAGUUUUUCAAUAUCAUUUUCAUUUAUGUGUUUUUAGACCUAAUAUUUCUUUUUGCAGUUUAUUUCGUCAAUUUUAAAACAGAAUAAAUACUCAUCUUUAUUCGUAUAAAGAUACAUAGAACUUUGAACUCUGAGGUAUAUAAAAGAAUAAAAGAGCUUGUGUAAACAGAUAGCCAUGCUAUGACCUUGAAUUGCUAGUAUUACAUAAUGGUCACUGUGAUAUUUAUGUGUACCUAGAUGCUGCGCACUGAAUGGUGUUAAUGAUAAUUGACAGAAUGAACUCUGUGACUCUUGUAGCAAUGCGUAGUAUUCCUAAAUGAUGUUAUGAAACCAGGUGCAUAAUACGGGCAUAAUAAUAUCCAAAUUGAGAGUUUAACAACAUGUGACAUAUUUGGCGAUUCUGUGUCUGCAACGAUAGCUCUAGUACUCUAUAUUGAGUCAUGUAUUGUGUAUUCUAUAUAUUAACCUUUGUAACCUUUUAUGCCGUGUAUGAAUGAACGUAUUGUGAGUAAGUGAUGCCUCAUACUAGGUGGGGGACUCCGAGACCCAGGACUCGGAGACUCACAUCCUGCAUCCAGACUCUUUGAUUGGCAGUUUUGACGGUUUUGUUACUUUAUUUAGAAAUAAACUAUUAAUCUUAAUUUCGAACACUAAACGUUCACUCAUGAUCGUCGUAUAUGGGCCGAACUAGUCAAAACUGUCCAUCAUAAGUAAAACCUUAUAUAUACCCAUAUGAAAUGAGAUUGUGCAGACUCCUGAUUUGGGCUGCUAUUAGCUGAUGUAAUUGUAACUAUACGAUCACGCUUAAUAAAACCGCUAAAGAAAGAAAUACUGGACUUGUCAUCACUAAGUUUGAGCUGACCCUCAAUUGGAUCCAUAAGACAGAAGGCUUACAUGAACUUUCUUGGUGCCAGUGACCAGGACUGAGCGAAGUUCAAAACA